AUGCUAAGGCGAGUGCUAUUCUUUUGUGUUAUUUUUGGAUAUUCACAUAGUCAAAUAAAGGUUGCAGAUCAAUAUUUUUUAAAUCGAAAUAGUGAUUUUAAUUUGAACGUUGAUCCAUUUGAAUAUUUUAAACAGCUUGUACGAGAUACGCAAACACCUUAUCGUCAGUGUGAGACAAUUCCACCCUAUAAAGUACAGUUAGAUAAAACAUUUUUUAAUGUUGAUUUUCGUUAUUGGAAAAUAAAAUAUCCACCGCCACCGUUUAGAACACUUGAAGCGUUUGUUCAAUUUGAUACUUAUCGUCAAAGUACAUUUUUCAGUCAUUCAUUACAAGGAUUUAGUCAAGAGAAAGUUCCAGGUCUCCUAUAUUUUUACCUUUCAUCCGCAUCUCAACUUCAUUCAUUACGUCAAUUAGGUUUAUUGACAGGUAUUGAUGCUGUACAAAGUGUUCGAUAUGCGUUUGAAAGUAAUGAAGUAGUUCGAGUACCAUGGUAUAGAAGUGGACCAUUUAUUAAUUUAGAAAGACCGUUUAGCAUCUAUACAAAUUUCUCAUCGUAUGAUCCACAGACUAUAACAAUCACUGAUUUAGGCGUUGGUCCGCCCGUUUUUAAUGAUUAUACAACAAGAUUUUUCCAGCAUUUUAAUCGAGAAUUCAAUGUACCACCAAGAUUAUUUAAAACAUACGAUGAAUAUUUUCAAGCGUUACUUCAGACAUGGCAAACACGUUUACGUCCUGAUCAAGAUGAGAUGCGAGAAUGGGGAAUGAAACAGUUUGAUAAUUUGUUACAAUAUGGCGAAGGCUAUUUUCCAUUACCCUAUCUUUCUGUACCUAUUCCACCCAGAACAACAUUUAACCCGUUUAAUCUCGUAUUUCCAUAUGCCAAUCUCAUCUAUGAAUAUCAUAAAGAUCCAAAUUAUUAUCGCUUCACAAAAGUGUGGUGGCUAAAUGAAACAGAAGCUGAACAUAAUCAGAAUAGUCUUUUGUAUGUUGUUUUACCAGAUCACAUAACGCGUGAAGUGGUAUUACCCAAUAUUGAUCAAACACAAUGGACUGGUCCCUAUCGCUUUUGUCCAAAUCCAAAUAAUUGGCUUGUGGCAUCAAUUGAACCAAUAUGGGCUGUGAAUCACUUCCAAUACAAAAAUGAUUGGUUUAAAAGCAACAAACGUUAUAGAUAUGCUGGUGUCACAAAUGUGGAAUUGGCGUACGCACAAUUGAAUGUUGAUCAAUGUCCGGGUGAAAGGAGUAGAAAUUUGUUUGCUGGUACAGCAGCGUGCGAUCAAAAUGCCAAUUGCAACCCAGUUGGCGGUAUUCAGUUUAAGAGUGGUGGUUACGAAUGCACUUGCCGCAAUAAUUUUCGUUAUCCAUCAAAUAUUCGCUCUCCGUUUCGUCCAGCAUUCGAUCGAUAUCCUGUUUCUCCAGUGUGUCAACCAAUUAGUCUUUUAACGCCGUAUCCAUCGUGGCAAACAAAUGGGGAACAAAUUCGGCUAACACCACUUCAUAAUAUUGUUCGCCGAUCAGUGAGACCAAAUUUAUUUGAAAAAUUACGAGCGAUUGUGUUUAAUCGAACGUCGGUUACUUGUCCACCAUGGAGUCACAUCGGUUUGUUUUACAAUAUUGAUACCGACUAUGACGAUCGUUUUAUUUCCGAUUUAUCACGUCAUCUAGACAUUGUAUAUAAACCAUUUACAUUGCAAGCUGUCCGCAUCGCUCAUCUCCUAUCGAGCUACUUACAGCUUUAUCGUCCCAAUUGGGAUCCAGUUAAUGACGGAUUUGAAGAUCGUCGUCCUGAUCCGCCGUUGUUUGAACAUGUACUGGAAAGUGAAAUAUCGAGCACCGGUCUCGCUUAUAGUCAAUUAUUAGAAGUAGGCAUUUAUUUCAAUGGUAGUGAAUAUGAAAGACAGAAUCCGUACCAACAAUUUGGUUAUCCAUCUACUGGUGGUGGUGGUGGUGGUUAUAAUCCACGAUAUGGAUUCAAUAUUAAUGAUAAUAGUGGAACGGAUGAGAGAGAAAAUGAACGACAUCAUGAAAAUUUUCAUUUUCAACGUACUAAUUUUGGUUAUAACACAAAACCAUUUCAGGAAAUGAGUUAUGCUAUUACAUUUCUACGAUUGAGUAAUGGAAAAUAUAUCAUAAACAGAACAUUAGACGGAAGUCAUUUGGCUCUUGGAACUUGGUAUGAUAAAGCAAUGUUAAACGGUCGUGUUGAUACAUCAUUGUACAGUGUCUCAAUGGCCAUGCGACGUGACUCAUUGGGUACACAACUCCUUCGCUUACCACAAGUACAAUACAUAUCACCAACUGCUGGAAUUUGGUUCGGACCCUAUCAUGAUUGUUCAUUGAAAAGUACAGAAGCAUCAAUGCUACGAAUGAGAUAUUCUGUUCCAAUAGUUAAAGAAGUUAAUCGAUUACCAAUUGGUUUUGUAUCCGUUGUUAUUGGUUCUGAUCUUCGAUGGUACAAGAUCAAUCCAUGUGAUGAAUCAAUUGGUCUUAAUGCUUACAAUCCAUUUCAAAGUAUUCACAAAUGUAAUCGAGAAACAACACGUUGUAUCUAUCAGGAUAUACCAGAACAAGAGUCAGGCUACGAUUUAGCUAGUUAUAAAUGUGUGUGUAAACAAGGUUAUGAAUAUCCAUUUUUAUCCUAUGAAAAUAAUUAUUUUGAAGGUGCCAUGAUUGAAAGAGAAUUUGAAAAAAUGAUGAAAGGUGAGAUAAAUUCGUAUGAAAAUAUGAAAUGUCGACAAAUUAAUGAUAGAUGGGAUACAAAAUACGGUUUUGUGAUGAAUAAUGCAAUUGAAAACAGACAACAAUUGAUACAUACAACUUUAAUCAUAAUGCUCAUUAUUCAAUAUUGUAUUUUGUAA